AGUCGAUCGCGGCAGUCGAGUGAGUCCGGCUGCAAGGUGAUGAAGCUCCAAUGACUUCGCCACGGAACCCGAACCUCACAAUCAGAAUAAUUCUCGGCCUGUGGCUCUUGGGUUGGGGAUUAGUUUCCGUGCAGGUUCUUGCCCAGAAUGUGGUCUUCGAUAUGCUGGAGAUCUAUCGCCGCGGCCAGCGGCAAUUGGAUCUGGAGAAUCUGGACGAAGGCCAGCCGCUGAUGGCGAAAUAUGAUUUCAUAGUGAUUGGAGCUGGAACAGCGGGUUGUGCCUUGGCCGCCCGCCUCUCGGAGAAUCCGAAAUGGAGGGUGCUCCUCUUGGAGGCCGGUGGCCCCGAGAACUAUGCCAUGGACAUACCCAUAGUGGCGCAUCUCCUGCAGCUGGGCGAGGUGAACUGGAAGUACCAGACGGAGCCCUCGCAGAGCUACUGCCUCGCGAUGAAUGGGAAUCGUUGCAAUUGGCCGCGUGGCAAGGUCGUCGGUGGCAGUUCGGUGUUGAACUACAUGAUGUAUACGCGAGGCAAUCGCAGGGACUACGAUCGCUGGUCGAGAUUGGGCAAUCCCGGCUGGAGCUACGAGGAGCUGCUGCCCUAUUUCAGGAAGUUCGAGGGCAGCUCGGUGCCCGAUGCCGAGGAGGAUUACGUGGGUCGUAAUGGGCCGGUGAAGGUGAGCUAUUCGGAGACCAGAACCAGGAUAGCCGAUGCCUUUGUCGAGGCCUCCGAGGCGGCGGGACUUCCACGAGGGGAUUACAAUGGAGAGUCGCAGAUUCGGGUGUCCUAUCUGCAGGCGAAUAUCUACAAUGAGACGCGGUGGAGCUCAAAUAGAGCCUAUCUGUAUCCCAUUAAGGGAAAACGUCGGAAUCUGCAGGUGCAAAAGAAUGCCUUGGUCACGAAAAUUCUCAUUGAUCCCCAGACAAAAAGCGCCUAUGGGGUGAUGGUAAAGAUAGGAGAGGGUAAAUCCCAGAAGAUCCUGGCCCGAAAGGAGGUCAUCCUGUCGGCGGGAGCCAUCAAUACGCCGCAAUUGCUGAUGCUCUCGGGUGUGGGACCCUCGAAACAUCUGCGGGAGAUGGGAAUUAAACCUCUGGCGGAUCUGGCCGUGGGCUACAAUCUCCAGGAUCACAUUGCACCGGCGGUGAGCUUCCUGUGCGAUGUGAAUUCACUGCAAACGAGCGAGAUGUUCAGCGUGGAGGCGAUGGCCCAGUUCCUCCAGGGACGCGGUCCUCUUCGCAUUCCCGGCGGCGUGGAGGCCAUCUCCUUCUAUGCCCUCGAUGAUCCCCGGAACUCCGAUGGUUGGGCCGAUAUGGAACUCUUCGUCGUGGGCGGCGGACUGCAAACGAAUUUGGCUUUACGUCUGGCACUGGGCAUCCAAUCGGAUAUCUAUGAGAAUAUGUUUGGCGAACUGGAGCGAAGGAAUGCCAAUGGCUUCUUGAUAUUUCCCAUGAUUUUGCGCGCCAAAAGUCGGGGACGCAUCAAGUUGAAGAGCCGAAAUCCCGAGGAGCAUCCCAGAAUCUAUGCUAAUUACUUUGCGAAUCCCUAUGAUAUGAACAUCACGGUGAGGGGAAUUGAGAAGGCCGUGAGUCUAUUGGAUCAACCGGCAUUCAAGGCAAUUGGGGCAAGGUUAUUCGAGAAACGCAUACCGAACUGCGGGAAAUACAGGUGGAGGAGCAGCGCCUACUGGGCCUGCUAUGCCCGCCACUUCACCUUCACCAUCUACCACUAUUCGGGAACGGCAAAAAUGGGUCCCCGGGCGGAUCCCUCGGCGGUGGUGGACGCCCGGCUGCGGGUCCACGGAAUCGAGAGGCUCCGGGUGGUGGACGCCAGCAUAAUGCCCUACUUGGUGUCGGGCCAUCCCAAUGGACCGGUGUACCUGAUAGCCGAGAAGGCAGCCGAUUUGAUCAAAGAGGAUCAUGACUAA